AUGUGGCAGCCCAUGACUUUGAGUCAGCUCGCACAGUUUCUGGCGAACGGUCUGGAUUCGCGUGGUGGCCUAACGCAGCGGUCGCACGUCCAGGCUGCUGCCCACUUAUUGAAGAUGAAGCAAGCGCCAUACAUCAUUCCUGAAAUUGAUUUUCAAUUGAAGGAUGCUUUGCUAGUUGGGGUGGACAUGGAAUGGCAUGAAUCCAACCCCCACAUUGUCACUGAACUCGGCAUCUCAGUGCUACGCUUGCCCCAGACUAUGUUGGGCAAGCCGAUUCACGCUCUGAAUGACAUGGAGGUCCACCAUCUGAGGUUGAAGGAGAACGCCCACUGGGUGAACGGAGAGAAGUGCGAGGGCCAUCCGGAGGAUUUCCAGUUUGGCACCACGUGCUUCGUCGAUGGUACUCAGGCGAAGCAAGCGUUGAGCGAUACCUUUAAACGGUACGACACACGCGGCAACUUACGACCGAUCAUCCUGUUUGGUCACGCGGUAGGAAACGACAUUGACACCCUCCGUGAGCAAUUUGACUUCGACCUUGCGGCCUUAGGCGUCAUCGUCUUGACUCUCGACACUCAAGUGAUGGCUCGAGAAGUCGGCCUGAGCUCUGGCAAUAUGAGCCUCAAGAACAUUCUCGGACAGUACAGCGUCCGAGAGAAGUACUUGCACAACGCCGGCAACGAUAUCGCCCAAACAAUGGUCGCAGCAUCUUUGCUUGCUGGAGAAUCCGUCAUCGGGCGAGGACGCUAUCAGCCAGAGAACCAGGUUGACGUCGACAAUCUGAAGGCCGUGCUGCGCAACCGGAGCAUCCUCUACUGGGGGAUCAGCGUGUUCUGCACCAACUGUGACAGCACGCAGCAUUUCGUUGGCCAGUGCCCCAGGACCUAUCUCUGCACCCGCUGCGCGAACAACCCGAGUUGGAAGCAGAACGCGAACACGCACCCAAUCGAGAAGUGCAUCCGACCGGCUUCUCCAUGUAAAGCUUGCGCUAAAUCGACCGAUGCGACGCGUCAGAACGAUGCCAUGACGCACUACAUCGUGGACUGUCCCUUCGAGAAAGCACCUACCCUUUUUUUCGUGCCCCGUGCCUUCCUCCCUCUUGAAAAGUGUCUGCAAGAACAAUUUAAAGAAAUUGCAAAGCGAAGUUCCGAUAAUGAAAGUGGUUUGCGUGAAAUGCUUGAUGAUAGUGAUGAGUAG